AACCAAGACAUGCUUCCCGACUACAGGAGAAAACAAGGGCACUGGGGUGAAUAAUUGCCCAACCGUGAGGAUGCUGAGCGCGGACGCAGUAUGUUCGGAGACGCCGCUGGACCGCUUAAAUUACGAUGCAUCCUUUUAUUUACCUUCAUCCGAGUGCGUUCAGUCUAAUUAGAUUUUAAUAGCAUAAAUCAAGACUAGAAUGCGGAACCGAUACCAAACAUGUGUUCUGCUAUGAAAUGACAUUAUUGGUCUUAAUGCAACAGAUUAGAGAUAUUAUAAAUGCUUUAUUUUUGUUUUGCGACAUCAUAACCCGUCCAUCAAAUAUUGGUGCAUCCUAAAAUCUAGCGCGGUUACGAAACCGAUUCGUCUACUAGGCAUUGAUCCAGGUAAUCAAGCAUCAUGUUGACCAGCAUCACUGAGAGCAUCUUCUGCUGUCUGAUGGGAAAGACCAAUGGCGUCGUUCUGCCGGUUGAGUCGUCUGAUGGGAAACCGUCUAACGGAUUCGAGUUUGUGGAGGUAAAGCCGGGUCGGGUGCUACGUGUGCGCCACAUCCUCCCAGAACGCCCCGCAACUACCGAAUCGCAACCAGAACCGGGCAACACUGUCCACUGCAAACGCAAGAUCACAGUGUACCGCAACGGGCAACUCGUAAUCGAGAACCUGGGCGACGUUCUCCACUCCGAGAUCUUGCAGUGCCAGAACGGUGACGUGGAACCGUGCAGCAUGGUAGAGGUGGAGCUGUCCGACUACACCACUGCACCAUCAUCACCUGAUCCCAAACCUGCUCCACCUCUUCCCACCUCAGAUCAGCAGAAACCUGCUCCUCCACCCAGGCGUCGGCGACGGAAACCGAAGCGUACUGUGAUAAUCGAUAUGGAGCGCUGCAUCAGCAGCUGUAAGGGGACGCACUCAGAUGUGGCACUGUUUUUCAUCCACGGUGUUGGCGGUUCGCUCGAUAUCUGGGGCAGUCAGCUUGAUUUCUUCUCACGGUUGGGUUACGAAGUCAUCGCCCCUGAUUUGGCAGGGCAUGGCGCUAGUACCGCCCCUCAGAUAGCGGCGGCUUACACUUUCUAUGCCCUAGCAGAGGAUCUGCGUGCCAUAUUUAAGAGAUAUGCAAGAAAAAGGAACAUCCUAAUUGGUCACUCCUACGGGGUGUCGUUCUGUACGUUCCUGGCUCACGAGUAUCCAGAACAGGUGCAUAAGGUGGUGAUGAUAAAUGGAGGAGGCCCCACGGCACUGGAACCCAGUUUGUGCUCCAUCUUCCAACUGCCCUCCUGCGUCCUACACUGUCUGUCCCCGUGCCUGGCCUGGAGCUUCCUCAAUGCUGGUUUCGCGCGACAGGGUGCUAAAGAGAAGCAGCUCCUGAAGGAAGGAAAUGCGUUUAACGUGUCUCCGUUCGUGUUGCGAGCGAUGAUGAGCGGGCAGUAUUGGCCGGAGGGCGAUGAAGUUUAUCAUGCAGAGCUCACUGUACCCAUACUUCUAGUGCACGGCAUGUAUGACAAGUUUGUGCCCAUCGAUGAAGAUCAGCGAAUGGCAGAGAUCCUCUUGUUUGCAUUCCUGAAAGUGAUUGAGGAAGGCAGUCACAUGGUCAUGAUGGAAUGCCCCGAGACCGUCAACACGCUCCUGCACGAGUUUUUCCUCUGGGAACCUGACACUUCCAAAAAGGACACGAUUGCCAAGGUAACAGCCGACCAGAUGACAACCGACAACACCACGCCUGUCCAGACACUCAUUGUCGCCAGUGGCAGUAGCACAGGGACACCCAAGGUCAACAAGCCCCUCAACAAGUAACCUAUGAUUGACGUAUUUGGGGUAAACCAAUCAGAAGGCUGUUAAUGGCUGGUGCUGCAAAUGGUGAAACCGUCACCUUGGUCAGAAGGCCUGAACGUGUGUCACGAAGAGGGUGAGAACGUUUCAAGGGUUGAGGCUCUCUCUAAGAGAACUAGCAGAGUGGAAAAAGCAGCUGAUUUUAAACCAAUAAUGGUGGUUUAUGAUUAUCAUUAUGCCUUUGUAUCUCUCUGCUACCUUUUGGACAAUAUCUUUCCUUCUUGUGCUUUCUAAACAAAAGGACUGGAUGUCCAUUCAGAGGUCGAAACCUAGUGUUCAAAAGUGCUGGAGUCUAGACGGGACUGAAUUACGAGAAGACAGCAAUUGCCGGAGUUUUUAAAAAGCUAAUGUGAUCAAUUGUGAUCCAAGGCAAGACAGAGUGUUUAAAGUCAACAUGAAACAACAUUCACAACCCAUUUUACUUCCAUAGUUUAAUGUAUUUUCAAGUGAAAAGUAAAACUAGGGCGGGGCUUGAUUUUAUUCAUCGUCAGUGAUUGUAUUGCGAAAAGUGGGCGUUAUUUACUAGAAUGGAGCCAAGUGGUUGAAGGGGAGGGGUUAAAAAAUGAGUGCUUGAUGACAUCAUCCGAAAAGGAAAGUUGUUUCAGAGGCGGAGCAAGUUUCAAUAAAAGAGUACGAAGACAAAACAUUUCUUUGGAAUAAUGUGCACUGAUUAAUCGUUCACAAUAAGACCAGGAACAUGAAUUAAGAAAGUAACUAGAGUCUAUUUUGAUUUCAUGUUGACUUUAACAAGUUUGUACAGAAUUUGUGUUCACGCCAUCACCGAGCACUGUUAUAUGUUCUGAAUAAGUCAAUACUAAUAUUAAAUGGAUUUUUUUUUUAACAUGUCUUCCCUUAUACAAACAAAAUCCACCACUUGCCGUUAAAGAGGGACCGUGCUUGAAAACAGACGUAUAAAAUAUCGAAUUCUUGCAAAAAAUAGAUGACAAACAAAAGAUAACGUACUGUAAACACAUGCUAGCUACUCAUUUUACUUGAAGCAAAUUAUAUGAGUUUAACGACAAAAAAACACGUUACUUCACACGGAGGACAAAAGCAGGACAAGCAAAAGACAUCAAAUAAAAUUGACCGUCGCAAUGGGAAAUUUCAUGCCAGUUGGUGCACUCUGCCAUCUCCUAGCAUCCAGGAAGUAGAGCAUUAAAACAAAUACAAUAUGAGAGUGAGCAAAAGAAAGAGCUAGAAUAAUGUUGAUGGCCAUGUUGUGAUAUUGUGCUGUGUAAAAACAGGAUAUAAGCUAUCAGAUCAUAGCGUAUUGCAGCUACGUACUCUUAUGAUAUCUAUAAUACAGAACUGCAAAUGUUGUACUGGAUUGAACCAAAAAUGUAGAAUUUAUUUAAAUUAAAUUAUGAAUAUCUAACAACCAGGUUGAUCAAAUCACAUGCAAUGCAAUUAGAACAUAAUUGUGUUGCAAAGUCAAUGCAAAGAAUAAAUUGUGGCUUGUGCGAGCCUCUGGCUGGUUACUAUGACAACAGCCAGUCUGGUCUGUCAGAUUGUUUGGAAAUAAUUAUUACACAUGUGCAGGACAAAGGCAUUAUCUGCAGUCUCUUCACAUUUAUGUGAUAAAAUGGUCAAACAUCCCCGCAUAAGAGCUGAUAGGACAAAUUGAAAAUCAGACAUUCAUGUAAUUAACAAAUUCUCUUUUUGACUUCCAAUUCCACACAACUAUGAUGAAAUGCAAUGAAAACCCAUAAUUCAACAACUAAUAAUGAACACGGAAAUAUCCAUUUUUAUUAAUUUUUUUUUAUAUGCAGAGAAGAAAUUUAAACCAUAUUAUGAGCUCAGUUUUUUUAAGCAUAUACUGUGUGAUUGAUAUUUCUGAAGAAAUUACUGAAUGAAUUACGUCAAAAAGUUUGAAUGGAGUGAUUAUAACAGAAAGCCAGUGUUUACCAGAAUGAAGGUUUUACUAUCAUAUCAUGAGUGAGUUUAUCUACAUAUUAAUUAUUUUUUAAAGGAAUUUCCUGGGUUAAGGAAAUUAUGGAUUCCUAUAGAAAAUAAUUUCAACUCGUCAUCCAUUUUGCAAAAAAACAAAACAAAAACAAAAUAACAUGUUGACCGUAAUGCACUUACAAUAAAGGUCAAUGGUGUAUGGAAGCCCUGAACCGCACUUAUGAAAAAGAAUUGUAGGUGUCUUAGCACCUUCCUGAGUCUAUGUCCUACAAAAAAAACAAAACUAAAAAAAAAAAAAAAAUUUUUUGUUUCUACUUUUUUUUUCUCUCUCUCAAAACAUUUUUUUUCCUCUCAAAAAAAAAAAAAAAAAAAAAAAAAUGCUAGCUAACAAUUAGCAUACGGUACCAACCUUGGCCACUAGGUGCCACUAUCAGUAAGCAUGAAAUCUUAUGCUAACAAGGUGACAGAUGACAGCUGUGGUACUUGAUCUGAUGAUUUAUAGUUGUAUAAUGUUUUGUGAAUCUUAAUCAAGGAAAGAAACAAUGUUUGAGUCUACUAAUACAUGAAAUCCCACAAUUAAAUGAAUAAUUAAAAAAGGGUUCUCGUGUGUUGCCUCUUGAGGAGAAAAACAUUUUGAGAAAAAAAUAUUGAGAGAAAAAAAGUUUGAGAGAAAAAAAAUAAAUUUCUGAGAGAGAAAAACAUUUUAGAAAAAAGAUUUUUGAAAGAAAAAUAAUUUUUCAGAUAAUUUAUUUUUGUUUUUGUUUUUUGACUUUUUGACUUUUUACUUUUUUGUUGGACAUAGGCUCAGGAAGGCACUAAGACACCUAAAAGAAAAAAAAAUCACCUAGUGAAAUGUUUUUUUCAAAGUGAGGUUUGGGGCUUCCGUAAUGGGGCAUGUACUGUAUACCUGAGCGUUUAAAAGCAAAAAUGUGCAGCUUAUAAAUUCAUUAAAACGCUAUUUUAAAUUUUUCCACACAGAAAUGUGUUUUUUGAGCUGUAAAGACAAUUGACUAAGUUAUAAUUUAAAUAUUGGAUAAAACUUUGCAAAGACGAGAUUAACAUUUGGUGCAACGUGUUGCCCCAUAGACUUCCAUGUCAAGUGCAUUAUGUAAACCUGAUUUUUGCUUGUUUUUUACAAGUCAAAUUUGCUUACAUUAUGUGUACAUUAGAUAUGCACUGUGAAAUUUUGGGCCGAUAUUGAUUAAAAAUAUAAAUAAAUAAAAACAUUUUGCCACUUUAUUUUGUCAUGAGAUCACCGUUUUGCUCAAGAAUUUUGCGUUAAAAUUAUACGAUGAUGUACAAAAGCUAUUUAUUUUUUCAUUGAACAUGGAUUGGAUCUAUUGAACACAUAACAGGCCAAAAUUAAGAAAGCCACAAUGAAAAAUAAUACAAGGUUAAAAAAAGAUUUUAAAGAUUUUAAAAAUACGACAUGACGACUGAUGAAAAAAUGGUUAUUUUUUCACUUCUGUUUUUGCAGUUCUAAACAACAAAACUCCCAUUUGACAUACUACGACAUUACAGAUUCAUAUUAGGCAUUCAACAUAGUUUUUUGGAUUUCAUUUAUUUGGUUAGCUAUUGCUUUAUAUUAUAAAAAAAAAAUAUAUAUAUAUAUAUAUAUAUAUAAUAUUGUAAACUUUAUACAACACAAAAUAUCAGUGGCUGAUAUAUCGGUGCAUACAGUAACAUAUAAGCUAAUGCAUUCUGAAUUUGAUCAUUUCACACCUUAUGCCAAGUUUAUUGCAACAUCACACCCCCCCCCCACCCCCAAAAUAGUGUAUUUGACUGUUGUCAAAAUUAGCAGUGUACAGUAUUUGUUUCCCCUUUUCAGUUUUCUGUCAUAUCCUUUAUCAAAAGGAAGCAUCCAGAGGUGCAAAUGGCUUCUCGUGUUUGAUUGGUGGACAGCACUGUCCAGUCAGUACACAUGGCUAGUGCUGACAUAUUCAUUAUCUGGCAUUGCAAAAGAAAGAAUGACAUGACAAACUGAACACCUUCAUUCAACAGGGUAUUAUGCAACCAUGCUAAACUUUUCUCUGCUGACAGACGCUAGAAGUUGUACAGGCUGGGAUUGUGUUUUUUUUUUUUUUUUUUUUUUUUUGGAGAGAUGGGGAAAACAUUCAAAUAAAAUGUAACACAAUACUGGCCAAUACUGUUAUAAACUGCCAAAGGAUCCAUUUAUGGAUCAAGAGUGAAUAUGAGUCAAAUGAAGGAAUAUUUUUGGACUGUGCGAGUGAACGAGUUUCUGAAGUGGACUAAGUUUCUCUGUUUGAGGGAGAAAAUGUUGUUAUACAGACUGAAUGAAGAAUUCCUCUUCUUCUUCCUCUGAUUGUGUACUGAUGUCUGUACCCCACUGUGAACACUGUAGUUCAAUUUGUGUCAAAUGUGUGUGUUGCAUACAGUGUAUCUAUGGGCAUAUGUGCAUAUAAAAUGUCUCAGAAAAAAAAAAUUAUAAAUAAAUAAAUAUAUAUAUAUAUAUAUAUAUACACACACGCAC